ACCCUAAUUUAAGUUUUGGAUAGACGUCGCUUAUUGGCUUGGCAACCCUGUUGCAAUGACAGUGCCCCUGCCCGAAUCCCCAUUUUAAUCAAACAUAAAUACAAGUUGUUAUGGUUUGAUUGACGUCGAACAUUAUCAAAAAGUAAAAAAGGGCAAAUUAAUAUCCUGCUGGUGGGUUUUCGUGCGCUGAAGAAGAGAAAAUGGGUGAAAACGAGAGACAACCGCUUUUGGCCCAAGAAAGCAUCGCUUAUAAUAACAGGAAUCUUGCAGCGGGCCAAGCGACGGUUAGCCCCAUUGGUCCAGAUGAGUUGCCUCCACCAUUCUACCAAGCUCCAGAAGGCGUUCCAAUGGUAACAUGCCGCGUGUGCCAAUCUAUGAUCGACAUUUCCGGCAAACGGGAACAACAUGUAGUUAAAUGUGCCCAUUGUAACGAAGCUACUCCGAUCAGAAAUGCACCGCCUGGUAAGAAAUAUGUUAGAUGUCCAUGCAAUUGUCUUCUGAUCUGCAAAAGUUCUUCACAAAGAAUCGCUUGUCCCCGGCCAAACUGCAAACGCAUUAUCAAUUUAGCGCCCAGUCCCGUAACUCCUCCGGUUCCAUCCAUGCCUGGGAUGUGCAGAGUCAUUUGUGGUCAUUGUCAGGAUACAUUCUUAUUCAAUACGUUGAAUAACGCUUUGGCUCGCUGCCCUAAUUGUCAUAAGGUUUCCUCAGUUGGUCCAGAUUAUUCUCGGGGACGUGGUAAUAUCUUCUUCAUUCUAACAAUAGUCUUAUUGGCACUUGGAAUCGGGGUAACAGUUGGCACUUAUAAGUUUGCAAAAACCCAUAGCGGAAUUUAUGUCACAUAUGUAGGAGCCUUUCUUCUAGCAGCCAUUUUCUUUGUGCGAAGUGUAUAUUACUACUUUAUGAAAGUUAGCAUUAUCGAAGGUCCUAUGUAAUUCCCUUGGAUUUUUCGAUGUGAUGUAAAUAUAGUUCAAUAAGUUUUAUAGAUGUGGGUUUAAAAGUACCAUUUUUAUAGCCCUGUAAGUGUAAACAUAAAUUGCGAUCUGAUUAUUGUAGUUCAUAUGUGCAUUGAUUUGCUGUGAAUUUUAAUUUAAGAAUUUGGGGGAUUAUUAAUAAUGUUUUGGGUCAGUUUGAGUUAAAUAAAUAGAUUUGAUUGAAUACCCAACAUUUCUUCGAGUGUUAAUGCAGCAUUGGGCAUGCAGCAAUCAGAUUAACAUUAAAACGAUAGAAAAGGAACGCUGAAAAGAUGUGAUUCGAACCACAAUCCUUAGAGUUACAUUACAGUGAUCUACGAGAUUUUUCUUAAACAGACUUGAGUAUUAAAUACGUUGUUUAAUGCAGCUUCAGGAAACUUAAUAAGGUUAUUUUUUAAGCCCAUAUCUUGAACUAUAAUGUAAGCAUGUUCUGAUAUUUCAACAUAAACUUCAAUAAACAUUCGGAAAUUCAAUAAUCAAUUAUCUGUUUUGACAACUGAAUUUGUGUAAUCCUUUAUAACGUAAAUUAUAAGAUAUACUGAUUUUACUUAAGAUUUAAUUAUUUAGUUGUACAAAUUCAUUUUAUAAAUGUUGUUUUUCUGGCAGCUUUAUGUGAAUUUGCCAAGGAAACAUUCCAGUUAUUGGUGCCCGAAUUCAACUCAAUAUCCAGUUAUUAUUAGUUGCCUGUUUGAAGCAAGAUUACGAAAACAAAUGUUCUUUUAAGAGUAAGUAAAACCAUAUAUUAUAAAUAAAAUGUAUUAGCUGCAUAUGCGUAAGAAAUAAUGUAUUAUGCUACUCGACCUUAAUAAAAUAUAUUUUAGAACUUG